CCGUAAUUUACAGGUGUUCUAACCUGUCGCCUGCCAGCCCACCUUUAGGUUAGGUACCUACAUCUUAAGGUACCCGUAUACAAGAUACUUGUUACUUCUAGGCAGAUAUCCAGAUAUCCUGCCUCACGGAUCAUUCUAAUGCCAUCUUAAGUAAACUUCUAUUCUAUCCUCAUUUCUCAUUUCUCAUCACAUUUAUUCCAAACCCAAUAAUCCACAAUAUCACCGCGACGAUGGCAGACAAGGAGGCUACGGUGUAUAUCAUCGACCUCGGGUCGUCGAUGGGUGACUGUCAUAAUGGUAGAAUCGAAUCCGAUCUUGACUGGGGUAUGCGCUACGUGUGGGACAAGAUCACGACAACUGUUGCUGCCUCGCGGAAGACAUGGACGGUCGGGGUCGUUGGUGUAAGAACCGACGAGACCGUCAACCCUUUACAGGAGCAAGCAGGAGAAGGUUAUGAGAAUAUCUCCAUCUUACAGGAGCUCGGGCCAAUGAACUUGACUAGCCUUCGCGAUUUGCAAGGUCGUAUAAAACCUAGUGAUACUGAUACUGGCGACUCUAUCUCGGCUAUAAUAGUGGCCGUGGAGAUGAUCGAGAAGUACACCAAGAAGCUGAAGUAUAAACGGAAAGUCAUCCUUGUCACAGAUGGCGAGGGCCCUAUUGACCCCGAUGAUUUGGAUGACAUAUCAGCAAAGAUCAAGGGCUGCGGUAUCGAGCUUAUCGUUUUAGGUAUAGAUUUUGACGAUGUCGAGUUUGGCUUCGAGGAAGAGGAUAAGUCAAGUCAAAAAAGAAUAAAUGAGAGACUUCUAAAAUCCCUGGUUGAUAAAUGCGACGGAUUAUAUGGUACCAUGGCAGAGGCCAUUACUGAACUAGAGAUGCCGAGAUUAAAGCCUGUCAGACCGUAUAAGACAUACGAUGGGGAACUUACUCUUGGAAACCCCCAGGAACACCCAGAUGCUAUGAGCAUUAGCGUGGAGCGGUACUUCAAGACACACAAGGCGACGGUGCCGCCGGCUAGUCGAGUAGUGCUUAAAACCGAACCUAGUCCGUCUCAAGCUGCUGAGGGUGACGAGAUGGAAGGUGUAGAAUUCACAAGCGGAUUUUCUGCGGUGAAAAAUGCUCGGACAUAUAAGGUCAACGACCCCGAUGCACCAGGAGGUAAACGGGAUGUCGAAUUCGAAUCAUUGGCAAAGGGGUAUGAAUAUGGGAGGACGGCCGUUCAUAUCAGCGAAUCUGAAUACAAUAUUACCAAGCUUGAGACCAAGAAAUGCUUCACCAUCCUAGGGUUUAUACAUCAAGAGAAGUAUGAGCCAUUCUUCAAUAUGGGAGAGACAGGUCAGACAAUUCCCCAGAAAUUUAACGACGAUGCCGCGCUUAAACUCUCAUCGUUCAUACACUCCCUUCAGGAACUUGAGUCUUAUGCAGUAGCACGGAUCGUAACGAAGGACGGAAAGGAGCCAUCUCUCGUUCUACUUGCGCCUCACAUCGAACCUGACUUCGAGUGCUUAUACGACGUGCCCUUGCCGUUUGCUGAAGAUGUCAGAAACUACCAGUUUCCCCCGCUUGAUAAGGUGAUCACGGUCACUGGAAAUAUCAAGCACGAAGACCAUCGGCUUUUGCCUAGUCAGGAACUAUCAGAUGCCAUGGAUGACUACGUGGACGCCAUGGAUAUCUCAAGCUGGGCGAAAGAUGAUGACGGCAAUCGCACUAUGGAAUACGCUCCCGUUGAGGAUGUAUUUUGUCCUCCGCUUCAUCGUAUUAAUCAGGUCGUCCGCCACCGAGCAAUCUAUACAGAUCAGCCGCUUCCCCCAGUUGCUCCCAUCCUACUCAAAUAUUCAAACCCGCCUGAAGAUUUAAUGGCUAAAGCCAAAUCGAAACUUGAAGAUCUCAUAGCUGAAGCUAGUGUCAAGAAAGUACCACCCAAAGCGAAAGGGAGACGAGAAAAGGGAGCCAAGCCCGAGCCUAUUUCGGGUCUUGAUAUCGAUGCACUCCUCAACCAGCCUCAAAAUAAGCGUAAGAAGAUUGACUCUGAUAACGCCAUUCCCGAGUUCAAGCAGAUGGUUGAAUAUGCCAACGACGAGUCCGAGAUUGAGAGCGCCGCAAAGCAGAUGGGUACUAUUAUUCGUUCACUUAUCACAAACAGCUUAGGGGAUAGCGGCUACGAUCGCGCCAUAGAAAACCUUGGUGUGUUCAGAGAUACGAUGGUCAAGUGGGAGAUGCCAGCCUUGUACAACUCGUUCUUGAAAGAUUUGAAGAAUCGUCUACUCUCGGGCGAGCUUGGCGGUGACAGAAGAGAGCUCUGGUGGCAAAUGAAAGGGGCUAAAGCCUCGUUGGGCCUGAUCGACAAGAGCCUGUCUGAGCCGUCUAGCAUAACCCCCGAGGAAGCCACAGAGUUCUUCAAGAAGUGAUGCUCAUCAUAACAUUUAAAUUCCAUAAUUCAGUCAGACAUGUAAGAGCCUGGAGGUUUUGCUUGUAGGGAAUAGGUCAGGUAGGCAUUUAGAUGUCAGUAAGUGUUAUAUGAAAACGGGGAGGGAAUGCAGUAAUUUUCAAGGCCUUAUAACUAACAAAGAGCCCUUCAAUAAUUAUAAAACUACACCCCGAAUGUGCCACGGAAAAUUCAGGAAAAACUACUUCGUCGAACAUGUAGUACCUAAAGAUUCGGUAGUGAUAUAGGGGUUUAGCAUAGGAGAGAUGGUAGGCAAUCCAGGGGCUGCACAGUCGGAUACGUACCUACCUAAGGCAGCAUGAAAUGAUAGACGUAUAAAAGUACCAUUUAGAAGUUACGGC